AUGCUACUUCAGCUUGGUGUAUGUGCAGUUUUUCUAUCCCAUUGUUAUAUUACCGGCGGAUCGAAUGGAUUGGGACUAGCUAUUGCCAUGGAGCUUUCAAAAAGGGGGGCUCACAUUACGAUCGUUGCGAGAGAUUCUCAAAAGUUAUCGGAGGCUAUUGAUACCAUUAAGAAUGUGGCGAAAUAUCCAGACGCUCAAAAGUUUUCUUUCAUUAGUGCAAAUGUGACCGAUGCCAAAGCGGGUCAAGUUGCUUUUGAAAGUGCAAAUUCAUCGCCCGAAAUUGGCCCUGUUGAUUGGGUCUUCACCUGUGCAGGGGCUGCGAUCCCUGGAUUUUUCAAAGACCAAAUAGCCAAUGAUUUUGAAAGGGGAAUAGCGUUGAAUUACCUCGGAACGCUUUAUACCUUAAAGGCCGCUGUAAAGUGCUGGAAGGGAGCUAAUGGCCAUAUUUCGAAAAAGAAAAUUGUAAUUAUCAGCUCCACUCUGGCAUUAACUGGGCUUGUUGGCUAUUCCCAAUAUGUCCCAUCCAAGUAUGCUACCAAAGGUCUUGCAGAAGUGCUACGGCAAGAGCUAGCUCAAGAUGGCGUUGAAGUGCACAUCUAUUUUGUAUCUACUAUUUUGAGCCCAGGAUAUGCGCAAGAACAGCUAACAAAGCCCGAAAUAACAAAGGCAAUUGAGGGAUCAACUACGGGGGAGGAAGAUGCUUCUCCCGAGAACAGGGCAAAAACGCUGCUACAUGGCAUAAUCAAUGAAAACAGGUUUAUGAUUGCUUCAGAUUGGAGCACGUACGCUCUCAUGCUUGCCUCUGCAGGAACUGCUCCCCGUCGGCUUUUUGGAGAACUGAUCUUUGUGUCUCCUGUAGCCAUGCUCUUUGUAGCCACCUGGCGCUAUUAUUGCGACUGGCUAAUAACUCGAGCGUAG